AUUCCUAUAAUGUUAUUACAGUUGGAAAAAUACUCAAGUAAUUUGGAAGCUAUAGUAGCUGAUAGAACAAAAGAUCUGAUUUUAGAAAAAGCUAAAACUGAACAGUUAAUUAGUCAGAUGUUACCUAAGAAAGUUGUGGAAGAUUUAAAACAUGGCAGAAAAGUUUUACCAGAAGAAUUCGAAUGUGUCACCAUUUUCUUCAGUGAUAUUGUUGGAUUUACAGCUAUAGCUAGAGAUAGUACCCCAUUCCAGGUUGUAGAUUUACUCAAUGAUCUCUAUACAACAUUUGAUGCUAUUUUAGAUCAUUAUGAUGUUUAUAAGGUAGAAACUAUUGGUGAUGCCUAUAUGGUUGUCAGUGGUCUACCAAUAAGAAACGGUAAACUACAUGCAGGAGAAAUAGCUACUAUGUCUUUAGAUUUAUUAUCUUCUAUGGUUGGCUUCAGAAUUCGACACUUGCCUGGUAAAAUUUUACAACUUCGUGUUGGCAUGCAUUCAGGUAAGGAUUUGGUUUUUCUUUUUACACAUUGUCAUUAG